AGGAGGUAUUUUUAAUGUUAAAUGACACACUUAUAUGCAUACUAAUAUAUACACUUUAAAUAUAUAUAAAAGCCUCAAAUACUGAAUCAGCACUUUUUGAAAAAAGUGUGAUAAUUCUCUGGAAAAUAUAUCACUUUUAAAUGAUAUGUUUUACAAAUUUUUAGCUGACUAUGAAAAAGCCAGGAAAAAACUAAAAUUAGCAGAGGUUACUUCGGACCUGCAGACCGAUGCAGAAGAGGCAUCCCUAGCAAAAUUGGGCAAACGCAACAAAAGACCAAACCCCCGCUAUGAGAGUGAAACAGAGGAUGAAGUUGAUGAACCUAUAAUUAGGAGAAAGUCUCCCAGGAAAAAGACAGGCCCUCCAGCUCCUAUCAUUCCUGAGCCUCCAUCUACGCCUGUUAUUGCCAGACAAGCAUCACCACCACCUUUACCAACUCUCUUUUCCACACCUUUACCUUCAAGUACAUCAGGUAAGUUAAACAAAUUAUUGCAGCUUGACUGAUAUCAUGAAAUACACGUGUUGAAUGAAAGUUAUUGCCAUUUAUGUCUUUUUCGUAUGAAAACUUAUAAACUUAUGGACUAAUAAAAUCUGGACGGUGGAUUUUCAUUAUACUUCUCAAAUUAGUUUUAUGUGUCAAGACUAAUGUAUGGUUAAAAAAUGAAAAGAUUCCCUAUUACAGUUUUUCAGUUAUGAAACCAUAUUCGGCCCCCUUAAAUUGAUUGACUUUAUAUUUUCAGCAUUUGAAAGAAAAUUAAUUUCAUCCAUCGAAGAAGUUAAAGUUCAGGUGAAGUUGAACACAAGUUUGCUGCAGAAUGUUCUGAAAAGGAUAGAUGCACUUGACAAAGAAGAGCAUGAAGGUGAUGCAGGAGAAGAACUCAACAUAGAUUUGCCUCUCAUUAACAAGGACAAAGUUAUGGCACUGGAGGAAAGCCUCAAAACCGAAAAUACCUUAAAGAGAAUGGUAUGCAUCAACAAAAUGAUUUUCACUGUUAUUUUCCUUUUAUUAUAAAAUAUUUGUAUAAAAUUAAAUAUUUUGAAAAUCCGA